AACUUUACUCAAUCUAGAGUGUGUUUUUCAGUUAAAGUAUUGUGCACCAUGAAACAAAAAAUAACCCUUUUUAUUCUUAGUGCUCUUCUUGCUAGAUGCUCCUCUCAAGUUUUAAAAUGCGAUGUAGACGACCCUGGUAGUUUUAUAGGAUGGGAUACUGCUAUUAUUGCUACUGACCCAAUCAAUGACAUUGGCGGUUUAAACUUAGAAUUUACAUAUAGAGGAGAUCUUCAACUGGAGGCGGACACCGAGGAAGAAGGCGCCAAAUACAUAGAUAUUACAGCCGACGGUUCAACUUUGAGUAUAAAAACCAAUGAUUAUUUCAAAAAUAAUUAUGAAGAAGAUCAAAAAGGCCAGGCACCUGCUUCCACGUUUGUUAUUUAUCGAACCCUGUCGAUAACAUGUGACGGCACAACUUAUCCACUUAAUAUGGUACUAUAUGUACAAGACACCAAUAAUCAUGCUCCCACAUUUACACAAGAUACCUACACCUACGUAAUACCAAUGCCGCUGGUACCAAACAUAGAUCUUACAAAUUUUGGGGAAGUAGAAAUAAUUGCCGAAGAUAUCGACUUUUCCAACACAAAGAUGACCUUCACUGUUGAUCCCCCAGAAUACUUUGCAUUGGACUUUAAAGCUUUGCCAAGCAGGCAGUAUCAUGCAAUUUUGAAGGUUACACAAUCUGUGACAUACGACGAAGGUUUGACACUGACGAUCAUCGCAACUGAUGAAACCGACCCGUUCAACAAUGGCACAGCUACAGUCAUAAUUAAGAAUUACAAUGACUUCAGUCAAUCUGAAGCUACCGAGGCACCAACCUUUGAUAAACUAUAUUACUAGAGAGCGGAUUUAUAAGCACAAAAAAAUUAAGAAUAAGCGCUUAAAUUUCAAUAAAAAAGUUUUAUUUUAAGCAAAAAAGCAUUAAAUAAGCAUAACACUUUCAUUAAAAAAGUUUUAUUUUAAGCAAAAAAGCAUUAAAAACAUAAUCAUAUUACAAAUCAAAGAACACUUCUUAGAACUUUGGAUAAAAUAUUAUCACAAUAAUCCUAGACUUUAUAUUUUACACACGUAUUUCAGUUUUCUUUAAAACAAUUUAUGAUUGUAAUUAGAGAUGUACCGAUUAUAGUCGGCCGACUGUUCCGCUUUGCUAAAACCGGUUUAUAAAUGCAACAGACAGUGUGUUUUUUUUCUAUUUCUCUAACUACCUUAAAAACUUGUUUUAUUUUAAUAAAAGGAAUAACUAAA